CGCCUAACAAGAACACUCGUCACCUGGAAUCACGGGGCAGCUUGUCGAAGGCUUUACACUCAAUUCGUGAAUCCAUAAACCACAAACAUGGUCGUCCUCGCAGCGUCGAUAUGCACCCGCGGGGGCAAGGCAGUUCUCUCGCGUCAAUUCAGAGAAAUUGCUCGCUCCAGAAUUGAAGCUCUACUCGCAUCCUUCCCUAAGCUAGCUGACUCCGGGACCCAACACACCACCGUCGAGCAAGACAAUGUCCGCUUUGUCUACCAGCCCCUAGAUGAGCUAUACAUCGUUCUCAUCACCAACCGCCAGUCCAACAUCCUGCAAGAUAUCGACAGCCUACACCUCUUCGCCCAGGUCACCACCAGCAUCUGCAAGAGCUUGGACGAAAGAGAGAUUGUGCGCAAUGCAUUCGAACUGCUCAGUGCUUAUGAUGAACUGGUGACGCUAGGGUACAGAGAGAACCUAUCGCUGUCUCAGAUCAAGACAUUUUUGGAAAUGGAGAGUCACGAGGAGAGGAUCCAGGAAAUUAUCGAGAGGAACAAAGAACUCGAAGCCAGUGAGGAGCGCAAGAGGAAGGCCAAGCAGCUGGAAAUGCAACGAAAGGAGGCCGCCCGGAGCGGUCGUUCUAUGGCCCCUCGAACUCCGUCUUACCCUGUCUAUACCCCUCCUUCCCGCCCUGCUGUGCCUGAAGGCUACGACACCUACGAGGCAGAGAAGAAGAAGACCUUCGCCAAGCCAUUACCUGUCCGAGGCAAGGGCAUGCAGCUUGGCAAGAAGUCGAAAACUACAGAUAUCUACGAGAAAGUCCGUGGCGACUUGGGCCCCGAGGCGGAAGAGGCCACUCCAUUGGUGACCCCGCAAGCUUCUACCCCCGUCGUCGAUACAGUGUCAUCCGCUCGUGCUUCGCUAUCUGGGGAUCGCGAACCCGUGCAUGUGACCGUCGCAGAAACCAUCUCCGCUACACUUACCCGCGAAGGUGCCCUCAGAUCCUUCGAAGUCAAGGGUGAUUUACAGCUACGCAUCACCGACCCGGCUUUCACCAAGGUCAGACUCGAUCUCCUCGCAAAUCCUACGCACGGCGCGCAAUUCCGCACCCAUCCAAAUGUUGACAAGGCUGUCUUCACAAACGACUCUGCCAUCCAACUCAAAGACAUCACCAAGCGAUUCCCAGCCAACAACUCGAUUGGCGUUCUGCGCUGGCGUGUUGCCAGCUCGGGAUCUGACAGCCCAGACAUUCUUCCCAUCACCUUCACCGUGUGGGUCAACAGGGGCUCCGACUCAACCACGGUGACGGUCGAGUAUGAAUUCACUGGCUCUGACAGUCUCCGGGAUGUUGUUGUCACCAUUCCAUAUCAGACGGCCGAGCCCGCAGUGUCUAGCUUCGAUGCUGUCUAUGAGGUAUCUGGUGACAGUCUUGACUGGAACAUUGGCACUGUAGAUGAGAGCAACGCAUCGGGAAGCUUCGAGUUCGAGUCAGGUGGCGAUGGUGAUGAGAAUGAGUUCUUCCCAAUGAGCGUACGCUUCUCCAAAACCAGUCCUUUCGUUGAAGUCGAUGUCACCGAGGUCUCUCUCUUGGAAAUGGAAGGAGAAAGCACCGCAUUCACCAAGGACAUCAAGUGUGUUGCGGACAAAUUCUUUAUUGAGUAAUCGUUCUGUUCCAGUCGGGUGUAUAGAGUAUUAAUGACGUUCGGAUUGCGCUUUGUUCCAUUCUACAAGACACUUUGCAGCUUUUUGUUUGUUCUUCUGAACUAGGAUUUCUAUUACUCAAAUCUCCG